AUGAGCCACCUACUUUGGAAAUACUACUGGGAAAAUGAUGUCGAUAAGUUUCGAGCAUUUCUCGGGCCAGUUGGCUACUCCCAGAAUGCUGCCUAUCAAUCCAAGAGCCCAGGCGCCGGAGUAGGCAGUCCCGGCGCAUGUGGAAGUUCACCGCGCGUCGCCACCAAGUCGCGCAAAGUUUCUGCUCACGGCACGCCCGGCGCACUCUUGAAGACCGACAUCAAUGGCCGGGACCACGCUGGCCUGACACUGCUCCUACGCGCCGCUUCUUCCACUUCACCCAACGCUCCAGCCUUCGCUGAAGCCCUUAUCGAACAUCCGGCCAUCGACCUUUACGUGCAGGACGCUGAAUCUGGCUGGAAUGCCUUGCAUCGGGCUCUCUACCAUGGGAAUAUCUCGAUAGCCCGUCUUCUUCUCGACAAGGAGCGAAGGGUCUUUACGGAAUCACUUGGUGGAAACGUCCCCAAAGUUCAUCGACUUAUCAAGGCAAAGGAUAAUGAGGGGAACUCCCCCUUCGACGUCUACAAUGCUACUAUUGCAUUACGCUCGCUCCACAUGGCUGAAGACGAGGUUCAAUCUGACGAUGAAUCCGAGAGUGAUGCCACUACUGGGGCCGAUGAACGAGGAGGGCAUGUUCCCAAGAACCAUGGGCUGGGGUCGGAAAUCUUCACGUGGGGAUCCAAUAAGAACUUGACCCUUGGGCUUGGCGACCAAGACGAUCGCCAGUACCCUGAGCGCGUCUUUCUUCAACGUCCCGAACACUUAAUCCAGUACUUCCACGACAAACAUAAGGGGCGCGGCAUGGAAGACUCACUCGCUUCGGACUCGUCAGAGGUGCCAAUUCUGACUCGAAACCGGCCACUGAAUGUACAGGAUGUCAUUCUCUCAAAGUUGCAUAGCGCUAUUCUCACAACGGACCCUAUCUCCAAUCUUUACAUUUGUGGAAUUGGGAGAGGAGGCCGUCUUGGCCUUGGGGAUGAAAACACCCAGUUUACCUUCAAGCCCGUUCUAGGAGCCCUAAUGGACAAGAAAGUGGUUCAUGUAGCUUUGGGAACAAGUCAUAGCAUGGCCAUCACAUCCACGGGCGAGCUUUUCACUUGGGGUUCAAACACCUUCGGGCAACUUGGUUACGUCCUGCCACCUCCCCUGAAGGCCGACGAGGAGCCCCGUGCCGAGACUCCAAGGCAAGUCUUUGGUCCGCUAAAAAAAGAGGCUGUAGUGGGCGUAGCUGCAUCUUCGAUUCACUCCGUUUGCCACACCGGCUCCUCGUUGUAUUGCUGGGGGAAGAACGUGGGCCAACUUGCGUUAAUGGACGCUGAUUCACGAUCGCUGGAAGUUCAGACGAUUCCCAGGAGGGUUGCCGCGACGCUUCUCUCGUCUCAUUCGUCCAUCGUCAUGGUAUCGGCUAUUGAUGGGGCGACGACUGUGCUGUUCGAAGACCGGACUGUGUGCGUCUUUACCAACUUCGGGUAUAACAUGGUCAAAUUUCCCUUCUACGAUGGCUUCACGAAUGCGCCCCUGCAACGAUCUGGUAAGUUUUCCCUAUCCUCCAGAUACGAUCCUGGACGCCGAGAGAUCCGCUCGAUCACAUCUGGCGGAGACACCAUCGCAGCUUUGACCGGAAGCGGUGAUGUCUUCACGAUGUCACUCAAUCGUAGGGUAGAAGCUAGUCUGCCUGCUACAGCCAUGUCAACCACGAAUCCAGCAAAAAUAAAGGACUCUUUGAACCCACCACAACUCAUCUGGAGCUCAAGGAAAGACGGAGCCAAAUCAGUGGCCGUCGGCGAGAACGGUUCAGUCAUGAUAGCUACACAAUCAGGGGCUGUGUGGCAUCGCAUCAAGCGCACCAAAGCCAAGGACACCAAAGUUUUUGUUGGUGGUGCAGACAACAGGCGCAAGGACUUCAAGUUUCAGCGUGUCCCGUACAUCACCGGUGUCUCGGCAGUCCGAAGUUCGACCUUUGGCGCUUUUGCGGCAAUUCGCAAGGACUGCGAUGUCACGCGUGACCAAAUCGAGGUCGAUGAGCAGACUCUAUGGGAUGAUCUCGCUCCGCUAUGUUGUCUCCGCGGCUUCAAAGCCCACAACUCGAAGACGCGCGAGAACAACGACACCUGGAAAUUCCAGAACCCCGCGGUGCUACGGGAUCGUGACGAUAUCGAUUUGUUGGCCUAUCAAGUACUUACGUCGACAGACCUUGAAGGGGACCUCCGUACACAUUUGCGAGAUUGGGGCUAUGUAAAUGACAACCUGGGCACAGUUGUGUGUACCAGCUCGGUGCCGGACAUCCAGGUGCCAGUCCACUCUUGGGUUCUGUCAGCGCGUAGUCCAAUUCUUCGCCUUGGACUUCAAAAAGCUUGGGAAGAUGGGAGCUAUAACUUGGCCGAAUGCCUCACUAUCAGCCAAAAAGAAGCUACGACCGUGAUCGAAUUCGCUACUAUCGACGUUAUCACCUUGCUCAAUUUUGUUGUCUACUCAUAUGUUGAUACGUUGAUUCCUGCCUGGAAUUUCACCCGUCAGUCCCCGCCAUUGGCCUAUCGCUAUAGGCAAAUCAGAACAGAGAUUAUGAAGGUCUCUGCCAAGCUUGGAAUGACGAUGCUGGAGCAAGAUGUGAGGGCGAUGCGUAAGCCCUCACGAUCGAUGGACCAAGACUACAAGAAAGCUAUUGAAGACCCGACCUUCUUCGAGGAUGGGGAUGUGCUGUUGCAACUCGACGGCGAUGCAAUACCUGUCCACAGUGCAAUGUUAUGCCAAAGGUGCCCUUUUUUCCAGGGGUUAUUCAAUGGUCGCUCCGCUGGAGCGUGGUUAGAUGCUCGCAGAGCUGCCCUGGAUGUCUCAGACAAAGUACCGAUUGAUCUCAGCCAUUUUGACCCGGAGGCCUUCAAUUUCGUUCUUCAGCACCUAUACAGCGACUGCGAAGACUUUUUUAAUGACGUGGUCACGGAGAGCAUUGAUGACUUUUCUGAGAUUCUGUUAGACGUCAUGAGCAUUGCCAACGAGCUCAUGCUUGAUAGAUUGUCACAAAUUUGCCAACGAACCCUCGGGCGUUUUGUGAAUACCCGCAAUGUGGCACAUCUACUCAACCUUGUAAGUCCAUGCUCCGUCACGGAGUUCAAGGACAAGGGCCUGGAAUAUUUGACACUGUCCAUGGAAACUAUGUUAGAGAAUCAUCUUCUAGAUGGCCUGGACAGAGAUCUACUGCUAGAACUUGAUGCUGUCGCGCGGGACAACCAACUGACCCGGUGUCCGUUCGUGAGAAGUGGGAGAACAGAACUCCUGUUGCAUGAGCGCCACCCAAGUUUGGUGGAAGACAUCUUGGAAGAAAGAGCAUGCCGGGUAAGGGAACUUGCUUACAAGACAAACCAGCGAGAGGAGGGCAAGAAGCUGUCAUCGUCUUUCAAAACUCGGUUUGGCAGCAUGGACGACUUGACAAGCUCGCCACCAGCCGACAAGAGCAGGCAGAAACUGAAAGCGGCGAGGAAUGCACCCUUCAGCCCGAACCUGAAACCUAAGGCCUCCCAAGCCGAGCUCAUUUUCGAUAUGGACGAAGAAGCGACUGGCAGUUCCAUGCCUCCAUCUCCGCGUCCCCUGGAAGGUGGUCUUCGAGCUGAGUUGGACCAAUUACCUCAACUUCCGGAAUCUUGGCACUCUAAAGGAAAGGGCAUCCAAGCUCCGGGUGUCGCUACAGGUUCACCUAUUUUAGCAAUGCCAAGCACGAGUCUGUCUGAAUCCCCAAACAAUCUGACAAGGCAAGUGUCACAGGGGGGCAAUCCCUGGCACUCGGCUCUACCCACGUCGCGACUCGACCUCCGCGAGAUUAUGACCGAGUUGAGGCCCACUCGGUCCUCUCUCUCAGAUGGUCUGGCGGCCGAGAAGAAAGAUGCCGCUGCCAAGGCUACGCCGCAAAAGAUGUCUCAGAAGGAGCGCAAGAAAUUCUUACAACAACAGGCCGAGAAGGCUGCUAGGCAAGAGUCACAAAUACCGCAACAAUCGCAAACGCCUUGGGCUAAGGUUGGCGAAAAAGAUGGAUCACCAUCCCCAUGGCUAGGCACGGCAGCAGCAGCACCAAAGCCGUCGCCAAAGGGUGUCUUGAACGGUGAGUCAAAGUCAUUACUGGCUCCUUCAGGCGCAAAACCUCUUAUUCCUGUCGAGACUCGGAGCAUUUCAAUACCCCGCCGUACCGUAUCUCCAGACACCAGAUUCUCGGGCCAGAACAGAUCAGGUUCAAGCACCCCUCGUGGGCCUAGCACUAGUCAUAUCAACCGCGGGAUCCAUAUUGCUAAAGCCAGGCCCUCGCAAGCUGCUUCAGUCCCACCUGCAGCACUCGAAAAGAACAAACCCCUGAUUCCGCACUCGAAAUCAUACAUCCCAAAGGCUCCCAAACAAGACGAGUCUUUUCUUGGAUUGGGAUUGGCCGACAUUAUUGAUCUUCAGCAACGCGAGCUAGAAGACGUUAAAGAGGCCGCAGCCGUACGUUCUCUACAAGAUAUCCAACAAGAGCAGGCGUUCGAGCAAUGGUGGGCGCAAGAAUGCAAACGUACACAUGAGGAAGAGGAGGCGCGGAAGGCUCGUGAGAAGGCUAAGGGAGAGAAGAAGGAAGGCGACGGUGGUAGCAGACGAGGCAGGGGUGGCAAAUCAAAGGGCGGUCCUGGUCGUGACCGUGGUGUUGCAGCAGCAAAUGCAGGUACCGCAAACGUCGCUGGGGUUUCACCUGGGGGAGGCUCGAGAGGUAAGGCAAGAGGGAAUAAAGGAGCCAAAGCAUGA